GCAGCUCGCGUCCCCUUAGAGCGGGCGAAGGCCAGCGUCCCACACUCGCAGCGCUGCGACGGCGCUCGAGACCUCCCUCGUCCGCUGCUUGAGUUCCAGAGUUGGGUGCUUCCUUGUCCUGGACUUCGCAGUGCGGAGUCAUAGAUGGAUUUCCGCAGGCUUGCUGCAGUAGCCUCGCUUCUCCCUAGCCCCGGUAACUCAGAGCCACCCGUCCAGGCCCUCGGGCGUCGCGGGGGCAGGGACUGGGCGCGGAACGAGGCAGGGAGGGACCUGGAAAAACCACCCAGAUUGCAUUGCAGUGGGCGAGGCCGCCUGGAGGAGCCGGUUCCAGCUAACCACCUCCCCGUCGGGCUCUCGGUGCGCGGUUCCCAGGUGCUCAGCUCUGCCGGGCCCAGGAGGUGCCGCCUCGCAGGGACGCGGAACCCGGUGCGUGGCCCCCGUGGGGCGGACCAGAUAGCGCGCGGCGGUCCAGAGGCUCGUAGCCAAGUAGGUGACUGUUGCCGAAAAAGUGGUUGGAACACUUCGGGAAACUGGGCCCCUCCUGUUCUUUCUAGGGCUUUGGAGUUUGGAUUAAUCAUUUGUGUAGCCCGUUUGGAUAAACCGAAGACUUUAUUAAAUCAGCGCAUUUACCAGGAAUUCCGCAGCAGUAUCCACAUUAGAAUCUUGAGUCUUGGAGUUGACCAUACUCACGCAAUCUUGCCUUCUUCCUGUUUAGUUUAUGCCUUGUGUUCCGUUAUUGGAACGCUAAGCUUGUGGGAGUUAUUUACAUCCUACUGCCCAAGGUCAUCGCCAAGGUGUGAUUUUUCACAAAAAGAAUUUGCAACCUCCGGCAUAAAUGGCUUAAGGAAGUCUAAUCUCGGUUUCUGAUUUUUUUUUAAUUUAAAGGUUAAUCUUUUUCUUUUUGUAAUUUAAAAGUUAGUCUUUCUGGGCCGGGCGCGGUGGCUCACGCCUGUAAUCCCAGCACUUUGGGAGGCCGAGGCAGAUCACCAGGUCAGGAGUUCGAGACCAGCCUGACCAAUAUGGUGAAACCCCAUCUCUACUAAAAACACAAAACUUAGUCGGGAGGGGUGGCGCACACCUAUAAUCCCAGCUACUCGGGAGUCUGAGGCAGGAGAAUCGCUUGAACCUGGGAGGUGGGGGUUGCAGUGAGCCAAGAUCUGGCCAUUGCAGUCCAGCCUGCGCACAAAGCGAGACUCUGUCUGAGGAAAAAAAAAAAAAAAAGGUUAAUCUUUCCAACUAGGUUUUCAAGGAUGAGAAUUUUUUGUUGUUGUUGUUCUCAAAUGUAUUCCCAGGGCUUGGAACAGAGCCUGAUAUAUACUAGGCACUCAACAAAUAUUUGUUGAAUGAUUGUAAUGAGUAACACCCAUUUUUGCAGCUCUUUGUCUUCUGAGCCUAGGGCAUAGUUCAUCAUUGCAGAGGUGAGAUUGUCAAAAUGGGAGUCUACAGGUAAUUUAAGACUUAAAUGUUUAAAGAGUAGGUGCUAAUUCUUCAACAAACUUACUUUUGUUAAAUUAAAAUUGUAAAAUGUGGUGGAGGAGUUGGAAUAUAUGUAAUUCAAGACAAUUAGUUCUGAAUACAAAAAUGUUUUACUGUCUAUCACCACCAUCUAUAAAUCUAAUUCAGUAAGGAUAAUCUGUGUAAGGUGGCUGGAAGGAACCUUGAGGAGAGAGGCUUAUUUAAGUAUUGGUGCAGGACCACACCUCAAACUCUCAAAACCCUGAGAUUCUGUUGUUUUGUUUUGUGUUGUUUUUAAGCACCAGAGACCCAAGUUGAGGAACAGCCUUUAAAAUAACUGGCCUGUACUCUUACAUACAUUAAAGCCAUCAAAGACAAAGACUGAAGAAAAACUUUUGCAGAUCAAAGGAGUUUAAGAGACAUGAUCCUGAACCGGAAAAAGUAAAAAAUAAAAAAAAAAAGGUCUGUAGAUUAAAUAAUAGUAUUAUAUCCAUGUUAAUUUCCCAUUUGUUGUAAUAUUACUGUGGUUGGGCAAAAGAGUGUCUUUGUUGGUGGAAGUAUCUACUGAAGUAUUUAGGGGUAAAGAGGAAUCAUGUCUGUAACUUAAUCUCAAAAGGUUCAGACAAAAUAUAUGUAAACGGAAUGAUAAAGCAAAUGCAAUAAAAUGUUAACAUUGGGGAAUCUGUAUAAGGGAAUUCUUUAUACCAUUCUUUGUAACUUUUCUGUAAGUCUAAAAUUUCAAAUCAAAAAUAAUUUUUUUA